UAUAUGUGCACAGCUACUGUGUGUGAGGAAGAGCCUGCCUGCAAAGGAAUCAUGUAUCCUGGCCUCACAGAACAGACUGCAUCCCAAGCAACUACUGUUCCUCACUGUGUACAUCAGACUAGAUCUUAGCCCAGCAUACAAAGGCCUAUUUGGUGUUUUCACUCCAUUUUGCAAUGCAUCUCACCGAUCUUAAUCAGGAGUGCCUGCUUCAUCUUUUUUCGUUCUUGGAUAAAGACAGUCGGCACCUGUCUCUAACUUGCAAGCAUCUUAGAUUAACUUUUCUGGACCCACAACUCUGGUCUCUGCUCAAUUUUUUCUCCCCUAGCGAACUUAUGAGAAAUAACUUCAUCCUUGGCCCAUUUUUGAGGUACCUGAAUAUAUGCUGGCAUUCCAGCAGGGUCAAAGUGUGCAACAUUGAAGAUUUUAAGAAGACAACCUUCCAGAGGGACCUCUGCAGCAAGCAUGAAAGCUUGGUCAGCCAUUUCCUGGAGUGUGUCAGCCGAAUGUGUCCAAACUUGCUGUCCAUAUCCCUCUCCGGUUGUGGACACAUCACGGAUGGAGAUGUGAUCAACGUGCUGCGCAGUUGCAGGCGACUGCAGCGACUAUGUCUAGAGAACUGCUGCCGUGUGACGGACGCUGUGCUGCAUGCAGUAGUAACCCAUGGAGGCAGUUUGCAGGAAGUGAGGGUGGAUUUCUGCAGGAAUGUAACACACACAGGGCUGCAGACUUGCAGAGAGAAGAGGCCUGGAGUUUGGCUAGUUGCUGAGCGGAGCGCAGGGAUGAUACCUGACAUUCAGCCUGAGGAAAAACUGCAUGUCAGGAGGGUACUGCAGAAAGUCCUCGUCUUUUCUUGAUAAAUUUAAACGUUAAAGUUUAAGGUUAAAAUAAAAAAUAAAAAAUGGGCAUAAUGUUCAGAUUUGUUUUUAUAUGAAUGUUUUCUAUGACUGAGAUAUACAUCUUAUUCAAAAUGUUUUUACAAUGUUUUCUAUAAAUCUGUAUUUAUUACAAUGCUUUUUUAUUAUUUAUUUUUAAAGUGUACCUUUUGUAAUCUUAGGCAUAUGUUUAAGAUUCAGGUCCUGUCAUGGUGCUUUGACUAUGUCUAGCAGUCAAUAAUUUUCCUUGAAACACUUCACAUUAGUUGAAUUUACAGAAAUGCUAACAUAUAAACCUGAUUCUUGUUUAAAGAUACCUAAUUAAAUAUUGAGUUGUAUGUACA